AUGAGAUUUUCAGCCCUUCUCUCGGCUCUGCGGUCAAUGGGCCCGGUGGUAAUCGGCAUUUCUUUAGGAUUCACCUUGAGUUUACUCAGUGUAAACUGGACAGAAGAAGCGUGUUACCCGGACGAGGAUGCUCCUCUGGGUCAGGAUGAACAACUCAAAGGAGCUCGUAAACCCAAUUCCAUUUCAGUCGUCAGCGAAGGGGAGUCAGAAGCGGAUUUCGAACCAAGAAUAGUGCCCUAUAAACAAGUCGCGCCGAGUACCGCUAAGAAAGUUUUCAGGGCAAAAUAUAUAAGUACAGAACUGGGGAUUCGGGAACGUCUGUUUGUUGGAGUCCUCACAUCAAAAAACACCAUUAACACCUUAGGCGUAGCUGUCAAUCGCACCAUUAGCCAUCAUCUGGACACUGUGGUCUUCUUCACUGGCACACGCAACCGGAAAGUCCCACACGGCAUGUUUGUAGUGUCACAUGGAGACGAAAGACUGAUCUGGAACAUGUUUCAGACUAUGAAGUACAUUUUUGACCAUUACAUCAACGAGUAUGACUGGUUCUACUUCGUCCAAGAUGACGUCUACACAGAAGCCGACAGAAUAAAAAAUAUGGUUGAUCACCUGAGUAUGAAUCGAGAACUUUACAUGGGCUGUCCAGAGGAGUUCAUAGGUGGGGAGAUGGAAGGGAGCUAUUGUUACGGAGGGUUUGGGUACCUCCUAUCUCGAACUUUGCUGCUUCGACUUCAACCCUUCCUGGAAAAUUGUAGGAAUGACAUCCUAAGCGCCAGGCCUGACGAGUGGCUCGGGAGGUGCAUAAUCGACUAUACGGGGACAAAUUGCGUCAACAAAUUUGAGGGACUCCACUACAAUUAUUAUAAGCUGGGGAAAAACUCAGAUCCAGGCAAAGAGCAAAAUGAGCAGUUUAGAAGAGCUCUGACAGUCCAUCCAGUGUCUGACCCAGAACAGAUGUACCGGCUGCACAGACACUUCACCGAGAUUGAACUGCAGAAGACUUACGAUGAGAUUGCUAAGCUCCAGGAAGAAAUCAAAAACGUCAGCGUGGAUGCAUUUGAAGGCGACCGAAUCGCUCAAUGGCCGAUUGGAAUCAACCCACCCUUUGAACCAAAAUCUCGCUUUGAGGUUUUAAAAUGGGACUACUUUACAGAAGAGGAGAUUUAUUCAUGCAUCGACGGAGCUCCCAAGUGUGAGCUACCUGGCAUUGAUCGACUGGAUGUGGCUGAUAUCAUUGACAUAGCGAUGGAAGAGCUCAACAAGAAGUACAAACCUAUCUUGCACCUGAAGAAGCAGAAACUGAUUAACGGCUACAGGCGCUUCGACCCUACCAGGGGCAUGGAGUACACCUUGGAUUUACAGCUAGAAGCGGUCAGCCAAAAGGGUCAUAGUCUUUCUAUCACCAAGCGUGUUCAUCUGGUUCGACCUUUGAGCCAGGUAGAGAUAAUUCCCAUGCCCUAUGUCACAGAAGGUACGAGGGUUCACGCCAUUAUACCGAUUACUGCAUUGGAGAGAGACUAUGUUGAAGAUUUCUUAAAAGUCUUUGCCUCCAAUGCCUUUGAGACGAAUGAAAACAUUAUUCUGACCUUCCUCUUCAUUUAUGACCCAGUGGAAGCACAGCAAGUGAACCAGAAUGAUAUAUUUGCCAGCGUUAAGUCUCAGAUAAACCUCUAUGAGCACAAAUACCCUACAGUGAAAAUCCCUUGGAUAAGCGUCAAGACAGAAACACCAUCUCAAAUCAAAUUCAUGGACAUCAUCUCCAAAAAACACCCAGUUGACACGCUGUUCCUCUUAGCUAGUGUCAACACUGAGGUUAAUUCAGAGUUUCUAAACCGCUGCCGCAUGAAUUCUAUUAACAACUGGCAAGUGUUCUUCCCCAUCCAUUUCCAGGAUUACAAUCCUGAUGUGGCCUAUCACAGUCAGCCACGUCCGGCUACAAUCGAUCUACUCAAGGAUUCAGGGCAUUUUGAUCGCUGGUCAUUUGACGAAGCUUGCUUUUACAAUGCGGAUUACAUGGCAACACGCACAAAAAUGGUUUCGGAUGUCCAAGAGAACGAGGAACUCCUAGAGAUCCUUGACAUUUAUGAAAUGUUCAUAAAGUACUCUGGACUGCAUGUAUUCAGGGCUGUCGAGCCAGCAUUACACCAGAGCUACCGCUACCAAGUCUGCAACCCACGGCUCAGUGAGGACAUUUACCACAGGUGUGUUGAGAGCAACCUGGAAGGGAUCGGUUCUCGUUCCCAGCUCGCAAUGUUGCUGUUUGAACAAGAACAAGGAAAUAGCACUUGA